AUGAUGCCUAGAUAUAAUAUAACUUCAGGUUUGACAUUAGUUUUGAUGGGGCAUUUAGAUGAAGCACUUGAAAACAUUGAAAUUGCUAUUUAAAGCCAACCUGAAAACUCAUUGUUAUUUAAUAAUAAAGGUAUUCAAAUAAUUAUUUCGAUAGCAUUUAUUUGA